CACAGCGUAGCGGAACCAAUGCUGUCUGUCACCGACUGCAGUCGGACCGAUUCUCCCGAUGCACCGACGCUCUUCCCUGUGUCUCAAUGGAAAUAUCUCUGAAAAACUGAACAGUGCAACUGAACCCUCUGACACAUAAAGGAAGAUGGCGCUGCGAGCCUGUGGGUUCAUAGUGUUUCGUCGCCUUGCCGGCUGCAACCCCUCGCCGGGGAACAUCGAGUACCUUCUCUUGCAGACCUCCUACGGCGAACACCACUGGACCCCACCCAAAGGUCACGUUGACCCAGGCGAGGACGACCUCACAACAGCUUUGAGAGAGACCAAGGAGGAGGCGGGGUUGGGGGCGGAGCAUCUGCAGGUGGUAGACGGCUUUGUGCAGGAGCUGCGCUACGAGGUCCGCGGCAGGCCCAAAGAGGUGCUGUACUGGCUGGCCGAGCUGAGAAACCCGGAGGCGGCGGUGACUUUGUCUGACGAGCACCAGGACUACCGCUGGGCCCCGCUGGAGGAGGCCUGCACUCUGGCUGGGUACAGAGACCUGCAGGAGACGCUGAGAGCAGCUCACAGACACUUGAAGGCUCAGCGGGACUAAAACGGAUGGGUUAGAACUUCAGAUGAGCAGCAGUCCAGCGGGAUGUAAAUGUUUCAGUUUAAGUUUCUCUUCUCCUGCUGCAUCUAUAAAUCCUGCACUUUAAUCCGUAGAGCUGCGGGGGUUGAAAAACUGAGUAAAUACAAAAUGCAGUUUUUAAAAAACGGUCUCAAAACGUGUACGAUAAGUUUUCCAGAAUGGUUUAAAUUCAGCUCGAUUUGCCUUUUAUUAACGUUUGCCUCAGCAUCUCCAUCAGACUCAAACCUGAACUUUAACUAGGCCACUCCAAAGCCUUGUUUGAUCAGUGUCCUGCCGUGCCUGCAGAUAUUGUUCAAAGCUGUUUCCUCUCCAUCUGGGUGAGUCUUUUUGCGCCGUUGGAGUAAUUUCAGCAGGACGGCUGCGGUUUUGGGAUUUCUCCAUUUGUGGAGAUCCUCCUCACUGUGGUUCACCAGAGUUUUAAAGCUCCAGAAACCCUUUCACAAUUGUGAUGAGACUAGAUCUAAUAAAUGACUUUGUUACUCAUCUUCCGUAUUUUUUUCUACAUAGUCCCAGGUUGGUUUUGAUCACUUUUUUUUCCUCCUAGUUUAUUAAAUCAUAAUUUGAAACUUGCUUUUUGUAUUUACUCUCCCGUUGUCUGUUUUAAUUAUCUUUUAAUGAUUUGAAACAUUUAAUUGUGACAAAAUCUAAGAAAUCUGUAAUGGGAAAAUACUUUUCACUACACUGUAUGUACAAAUCUGAUAACCCUGGAGCCUCGUGUUUAUGGCAAUGUGAUUAUACAUGUACAGGUACCUAAAUAAAUACAUUUUAACAGCAGUAAUCUAAAACACACGGGUUAGAAAUAGUUUUUUACUCGUUUUGGAAAGUUAGAAAUAAAAGAAACACAACUGCAUCAUAAUUUCAAAGACAAGAAAAAUUAAAAGGGGAAAUAAAUUGCUCCAUUAACAAAACCUUAUGAUUGCAUUUUCUCAUUAGAACAGUUCAUCUGAUCUGAACAUUAGGUCCCUUGUGCUAAAGGCAAAUGUAAAACAUUGAUUGGUCCACAAGGGGGAGACAAAUACACACAAAGGUUGACAAUGCCACAAAGCUGAAAGAAUUUGACUGUCGACAUUUUGAUACAAAGUUAGUUUUUCUUCAGAAAAUAAGCCUACAUUUCAUUGGUAAACAUUGAUCAUAGCAUGUAAGUUUUUUUCUAUGCAAGUGCUCUUUUGUUUCUUGUUUGGCAUCUAAUCAGAAAGGCUUUUUGGUUCUAAGAAAACGUCUUUAGUCACAUCAGAAUUUGGAUUAUCUUGAAGCUUUUAGGAUGGCCAAGUCCCGAACGACUGAGAAUCCGCACCAAACACGCAAGAAAGACAUUUGUGCAAGAGUGGAAUGUUCCAAAGGUUUAAACUCCCAAGAUUAGACCAGGAUUACUUUUGUUUAUGCGAUCAGUGAAACUACAUCUAUCUGGAACCUGUUCGGCAGUCUUAUUAAACUGGGUGGUGGAAAAGCA